CUGUGGCAGCGCGGCAAUGGAACCCUGCGAGCUGCAGAACGAGCUAGUGUCAGCCGAAGGCCGGAACCGGAAGGCGGUGCUGUGCCAGCGUUGUGGCUCUCGGGUGCUGCAGCCAGGGACUGCUCUUUUCUCUCGCCGGCAGCUUUUCCUCCCCUCCAUGAGGAAGAAGCCGGAUCUGGUGGACGGCAGCAAUCCUGAUGGUGAUGUCCUCGAGGAACACUGGCUGGUUAAUGACAUGUUCAUCUUUGAGAACGUGGGCUUUACCAAGGACGUGGGCAACGUCAAGUUUCUAGUCUGUGCAGACUGUGAGAUUGGACCCAUUGGCUGGCAUUGCCUAGAUGACAAGAACAGCUUCUAUGUGGCCUUGGAGCGAGUUUCCCACGAGUAACUGAGGGGUUUGGGACUUGGCUCCACCCUAGCUAUAAAGCUCUGCCCACAAGAACCGACACUGAUGUGUCAGCAGUGCUGGCAGACUUCUUGGUACUAAUAUAAGCACCGGUGUUUGCCCUUGAACUUGCAGAGGGCCGGUCCUGUUUCCUCAGGCCUCAGAGCAUGUCUCCUACUUAGUCCUCUCUGUCACAUGUGUCCUAGAGCCCUUUCCCCUGACUUGGAACAUGGAAGAACACGCGAGUGCUCUACCAGUGUAGUCUGGUUCCCGGCACUCUGCCUCCGCACCUCGAUGCCAAGCUCUCUUCUUCUCAGCAAGAACAACAUUUAUCUUUAGCCAUCACGACGGGAACUAAGAUGCUAAUAUUUGAAACUCCACCUUUCCUCAUUCUAGAAGCCAAGUGUGAUAGGGUGCACAUCUGUAAUCCUAGGUCUUGAGUGGGUAGAGGCAGGAAGAUCAGGAGUUCAAGGGCAGCCUUAGCUACAUAGACUGGGCCAAGUGAGAUGUUGUCUCAAAAAACAUAAAGCAUACAAGUAUUUGAGAGUAAUCUCAUUGUAUGUGACCUACUUAUCUACAGUAAUUUAUUCUUUUUAAAAGUAAAACAUUUACAGAUGUCAGUAUUUAAACCUCACUUUAGAUACAUUUUUAGUACUGUGUUUGAGAGCCUUUUUUCCGGGUCAAUAGUGGCAUUUUAUAAUGAGGAUGAACACGACUCCUCUUCCCUCAGAUCUUGAUCAGGUUUCUCUUUUUAGUCAUUCCUUGCCCCUGAUGUCAACCCUAAGGAAAACUCAGCCCUAGCUGUGUGCCAGACUCUCUUGUAAACCUGUUCCACGGACAUUUCUAUUGUUAUGGACAAGGUGUUACCUUUUCUUAUUAUUAGCCAACUUAAAUCUUCAAUAUGAUUUCCAGUUACUCUGUCAUUUCUCUUCUGGAGUGACUCAGUAGCUUAAAAGGACUCUGUGUAAACAGGUUCAAAUACUGUGUCAUCAUCCCCUCCUCUGAGGGCCUAAAUUGAGAUAAGUAGAGACUUCAUUAUUCCUCAUGCCAGAGCUUAGGAAGUGGGGGCAGAUCAAGAGUUCAAGGUCAGCCUCAGUUACUAUAAUAUCAAAUUCAAGGCCAGCCUGUACUAUGGAGAUCUUGUUUCAAAUGAACAAAACACAAAAUAAACAAGUAGGACCUGCAAAAGUGACACGUAGUUAAAAAUGUUUGCUGCUCUUUCAGACGACCUGAGUUCAGGACCUUGCACCCUCAUGGGAGGUUUACUCCAGUUCAAGGAGAUCUGCGCCUUCUGGUCCCUGCAGAUGCCUUCAUGUGUGUGGCACCCAUACAAACAAGUGAGCACACUCGCGUACACACACACACACGCACGCACGCACGUGAAUAAAAAUUUUACAAAUGAAAAAA